AUGGGCGAGGAGUCGCCAUUCCAGGCUGAUCUCGACAUUAUUGAUAAUGUGAUGGUGCCUUCCGCUGAAAAACAGUUGGUAUUUGACGUCCUUCUUACCGAAGCAGACGAGGCGAUUGCGGCCUUGAAACAUCGUGCGGCAUUUCACGGCUGGCUGAGAUCGCAAGAGAUUCCAUCAGAUGCUGCGACUGAGCCCGUACAUGAUCCUUCUGAGCAGCAGCAGAGACAAUUUGGACCUGAAUCGAUCCCUUCGAUGUCCCCGUCAACCGACACGCCGGUACAGCAGCGCGAAAUGGCUCGGUCUCGGUCACUCUCGCUGUACGAACACGAGCAUCCUUUGCUCCAGGCGGAAUUAUUCGUUGCCCCGGCAUUUGAAUUCAAAGGUCUUAUCCAGAGCAUGGACCACUUCGCGGAGGUCGACAAUGCCUAUGAGAGGCACGUGAAGCGCGCAGCUGGCGCCCCCCCCGAAGACGAUCCGUCUUGGCCGGUUUCUUCAGAAAAGCAGCGCGAAUAUGUUCAGCGGCUGUUUGAAAACAUCACUGACCUAAGUGAUUUCUUUGAGCUGCGAAAAGCUCGUGAGCGUCUCGGCAACAUUGCCAACGCUCAAAAGAACCCGGCGACACCUGAAGAUGAAGGAAAUCCGAGGAAGCGUCGAAUCGGCCGCAGCAGUCAAAAUGUCGAUAUCGUUCCGACCAGACCAAAGGGGAUCAGUAAGACAGACUGGGCUUUGGUGGAUGCUGAGAGAUCUCCUACAGAUCUUUUGGAUGCCGUCAUCCAUCACCGGAUCUCUGGCGUUGAGGUUGAGCUUCUGUGCUGGAGGCUUCUGGUGUGUUAA